UCGGCUUCCCCUUUCGCUUUACUCUAGUAUCUCUCCUAGACGUCCUGCCUUAAACUACCGCGAAAGGGAGGGAAGAGCGGAAGCAUGUCCAACCCGGAGAAGCGGAUCUUAUCCCGCCCCUCGGCCCCCCUGGCUGCAGCACCCGGGGAAAAGCCCGGCUCCGGCAGCCGCCCGCUCCACUCCCAUGGCCAGAGCGGCGGAGGUGGAGGCAGCGGCGGGUCUCCUCCUCCUCCCCCCGCUCCUGGAGGCGGCUCGGCUGCCUGCAGCUCCCUCUCUCUCCUCCUAACAACCACCAGCAGCAGCAGGAGCCGCGCUGCAGGGACAGCCUCCUCCGCCGCCUCCGCCAGCAUCGUCCCCAGAGCGGCAGCGGCUCCUUUCCUCGCUCCAAUCCCCUCCUUUUCCUCCGCUUCUCCAUCUUCUUUUUACUUCUUGCCGCCGCCUCCUCGUUUCCCCUCCUCGUCUUCCUUUAACCUCACAAGUCUCCAAGGGAGGGAAGGAGGAGGAGAGGCAGCGAGAGCGGCAGGAGGAGGAGGAGGAAGAGAUGUUGGCGGAGCAGCAGCAGCAGCUCACUUGAUCGCCCAUCCAGGCGGCAGCGGCAGGAGGAGACUCUUCUGUUCUUCCUCCAUCCAGGGCUUGCUGCUCCGUUCCGCAGCCGGCGGCCCCCGGCAGCACCACUCCCGGCUCCUCCUCUCCCCAGCCGCCUCUCGCCCGUGGUCCUGCAAUUCCCUCGGUGCUGCAGCAGCAGCAGCAGCCCGCGGCGACGGGAUCCGAGGAGGCGACGGCCCCGGCCCCGGCGGGAGCAGGACUCCUAGGCGGCAGCAGCGGCAGAGAGGCGCCUUCUUCUCCUUCUCGUCUCCCCUGCUCCUAGGGCCAGACAUGGAAGAUGGAUCUAAUUCUGCAAGCUGCUUUAGGAGGUUUACGGACUGUUUCUUUAACACAAGUUUAACAGAUGAAAAAGUGAAGGCCUAUCUUUCUCUUCACCCCCAGGUACUGGAUGAGUUUGUGUCAGAAAAUGUAAGUGCGGAAACUGUGGAAAAAUGGCUGAAAAGGAAAAAUAACAGACAGGAAGAUGAAUCGACUCCUAAAGAAGUCAGCAGGUACCAGGAUACGAAUAUGCAAGGUGUAGUGUACGAAUUGAACAGCUACAUAGAACAGCGCCUGGAUACAGGAGGAGAUAACCAACUACUUCUGUAUGAACUGAGUAGCAUCAUUAAAAUAGCUACAAAAGCUGAUGGAUUUGCACUAUAUUUCCUGGGAGAAUGCAAUAAUAGUCUGUGUGUAUUUACACCACCAGGAGCUAAAGAAGGACAACCACGGCUUAUUCCUGCAGGCCCCAUUGCACAUGGCACUACAGUAUCUGCUUAUGUAGCCAGAUCCAGAAAAACAUUGCUAGUAGAAGAUAUUCUGGGGGAUGAGCGAUUUCCCAAAGGUACUGGAUUCGAAUCAGGGACUCGUAUCCAAUCUGUUCUGUGUUUGCCAAUUGUCACUGCAAUUGGUGAUCUGAUUGGUAUCCUGGAGCUUUACCGUCACUUGGGCAAAGAAGCUUUCCAUCUUAGUCACCAGGAGGUUGCAACAGCAAAUCUUGCAUGGGCUUCAGUAGCAAUACAUCAAGUACAAGUGUGCCGGGGCCUUGCUAAGCAGACGGAACUGAAUGACUUCUUGCUUGAUGUAUCAAAAACGUAUUUUGAUAAUAUAGUUGCAAUAGAUUCUCUACUUGAACAUAUAAUGAUAUAUGCAAAAAACCUGGUGAAUGCAGAUAGGUGUGCACUCUUCCAGGUUGACCACAAAAAUAAGGAGCUGUAUUCAGACCUUUUUGAUAUUGGAGAAGAAAAUGAUGGGAAACCUGUCUUCAAGAAGACCAAAGAAAUAAGAUUUUCUAUAGAAAAAGGAAUAGCUGGUCAAGUGGCAAGAACAGGCGAAGUCCUUAACAUCCCUGAUGCCUAUGCAGAUCCACGCUUUAACAGAGAAGUAGACCUCUACACUGGCUACACAACCAGAAAUAUCCUGUGCAUGCCUAUUGUAAGCCGAGGAAGCGUAAUAGGUGUUGUGCAGAUGGUGAACAAAAUAAGUGGAAGUGCCUUCUCUAAAACUGAUGAGAACAACUUUAAAAUGUUUGCGGUCUUUUGUGCUUUAGCCUUACACUGUGCUAAUAUGUACCACAGAAUUCGCCAUUCAGAGUGUAUUUACCGUGUAACGAUGGAGAAGCUGUCCUACCACAGUGUUUGUACAGCAGAAGAGUGGCAAAACCUCAUGCACUGUACACUGCCUCCACAUAUUUAUAAAGAAAUUGAAUUAUACCACUUUGAUAUCAGUCCGUAUGAGGAUGUCUGGCCUGCCAUUUUUGUCUACAUGGUUCACCAGUCCUGUGGGACAGCCUGCUUUGAACUUGAAAAGCUGUGCCGAUUUACUAUGUCUGUAAAGAAGAAUUAUCGCCGUGUGCCCUACCACAACUGGAAGCAUGCAGUUACUGUUGCACAUUGCAUGUAUGCCAUACUUCAGAACAACCAGGGGCUUUUCACUGAUCUAGAGCGAAAAGGUCUUUUAGUUGCAUGCUUGUGUCAUGACCUGGAUCACAGAGGUUACAGCAACAGUUAUCUUCAGAAAUUUGAUCACCCCUUAGCUGCUCUCUAUUCCACAUCAACAAUGGAACAGCACCACUUCUCGCAGACUGUGUCCAUCCUGCAGCUGGAAGGGCACAAUGUCUUCUCCAAUCUGAGCUCCAGUGAAUAUGAGCAAGUACUUGAGAUCAUCCGGAAAGCCAUCAUCGCCACAGACCUUGCCCUAUAUUUUGGAAAUAGAAAACAGCUUGAAGAGCUGCAUCAAGCAGGAGCAUUAAACCUUAAGAACCAAGCACACAGGGAUAGAGUGAUAGGUCUGAUGAUGACGGCUUGUGAUUUGUGUUCUGUAACAAAGUUGUGGCCAGUUACCAGACUGACAGCCAAUGAUAUAUAUGCGGAGUUCUGGGCUGAGGGUGAUGAAAUGAAGAAAACGGGUAUUCAGCCUAUUCCUAUGAUGGACAGAGACAAGAAAGAUGAAGUCCCUCAGGGUCAGAUUGGGUUCUACAAUGCUGUAGCCAUCCCAUGUUACACCACUCUUGCACAGAUCUUUCCUCCAACUGGGCCACUACUCCGAGCGUGCAGGGACAAUCUCAACCAAUGGGAGAAAGUAACAAGAGGUGAGGAAGCAUCUAUAUGGAUUUCCUCCCAGUCCCAUGCUCCUGGGACCUCAGAUUCACUUCCUGUGAAGAUUGAUGACUGAACAGCAGUAACAAAUUGCUUUAACCUGAAAAGCAUCCCCUCUUUUUGGGGGGGUUGUUGUUUUUGUUUUGUUUUGUUUCAUUUUUAUUUGGAAAAAAAAAAAAAGAGGAAAAAGAAAAGCUACAAAAUGCUAAGAAGCAGAUCUGCCUAGGAAGGUAACACCCAUGGAGUUACCUCGGCUAAAUGACUCUGGCAGCAAAUCUCCUGACCUACACCAGUGACACAAUGUGAACAGAGGGAAAAUGACAACCCAGAUGUUUUGGAAUCAGCUAUCAAAAAAGAACUUACGACUUGUGAAUAUAAAAGACUGGCCUUAUCUCAUGGGCUACAUUGCUGAGGCCUUAAUUUAAAACUCAUGGGGGGCGGGAGGGGAGGGAACUUAGGGGGUACUUCUAAAUUGUAUCUUUCUAGUAAGGGUUUCAAUGGUACUUUUAUUAUACCGUACUGUGGCUGGCUUUAACACCAGUGUCACUUGGGAGUUCUUGGCUAUAAAUAGAACAAUAUACCCAUUGCUGUCGUGAAUGUUUAUGUGUGAUCUACUUGUAAUCAGUUUGAACUCCAGCAGAAUCCUUGGCAACUGUAAUUCAUGCUUAGGUUACAGUGAAUUCUCUUGCUGCAAACUAAAGGAAAACCAACAUUCAGGUUAAAGGUUUAAAGUACUUCAUUAAGUAUCGUGAUACAAGUUGUCUGUCAGUCACAAGGCAAACAUUGAAAGAACUAGUGAUGGUGCUUUGUUCUUCAGAAUGAUUUAUAAACCUAGACAACUCCUCCCUUAAAACACUGGAAGUACUGGAUAUUUAUCUCCGAUAUGACAGAGAGUAUCACGUUGGGGAUUUUGUAUCCAUAGUGACAUAAGUAUCAGAUUAAAAUUAAAAUUUAAAUGUGACAGCAAAGAUUUCCUUGCCUAGCUCACAAUUAAGUACAGUCAUCAUUUUUAUUUCUACCUGCUGAGUUGUAUUUUAAAAGGUAUUAGAAACAUACUUGAAGUAUGCUCUCUGCUGGGAACAAAAGCCUUGUCAGAAAGGUCAGGUAUGAUAAGAGGGAUUGUGGUACCAUCACAAUAAAUCAAAAAUGUUUUUGUAUUCACUAGCUUUUGUGUUGCACAGUAACACUGCAUGUCUUCUACUGCUCUUUUUCCCCAUCCCAACAGAAGUGAAAUUAGGAAAAUUCUCCGUUUGUCUGUUUGUUUUUUUCCCCUAGUUUAGCAAAAUUUCCAGGCUUAGAACUGCCUUUCUCAGAGAAAGAAUAACUGACUGAAGAAAAGUACUCUAAAAUAUUGUGUUUACAGUUCUGUGCUGACUUAGGCUUCAGCCUUACAAACUUAUGCACAGAUUUUAAGACCUUACAUUCAAUGCCACUCUUAAAUUUAGUGCAAUUGUACAGAGUAUGUUUCAACAACACUUAAUUUGCCUUCCAUCUUUCACUUAAAAAUAAUGAGAAAAAAAAAGUCUUCACAUUAAUCCACACAGUAGGUGAAAACACAGUCUUUGCAUACCUUUCACAUACAGCCUAUACUGCACUAUAUGCUAUUUCACAGAUAAUAGUGGUUCCGUGAUAACAUGCCAUUUGUGUAACUGCAACAAAUAAUAGUAGUGACUUAAAGACAGAGAACAGGUUGUCUUUUUCUAUGUCGCGUCUGUUGAGUUGUAUCGCUCUAAGAAGCAUGCCAUCUUAUGGGUUUCAUGUAAAUGACUUGGACUUUUGAGUUUUGCCUUUUGUUAUGGUCGAGCACAUACCAGUAUCUGUACGUGUGUACAGUAUGUGAUACGUAAUCACAUAAUAUAUAAAUGCACCUAAGCCUUUGCAGUAGAUAGAUACCCCAGAGGUUGAGAACUCAAUAUAAAGUUGUCUUAUUUGUAUGAUAUGUUCCUAGCAGCAGCCCCAUUAUUUUUUUGUCAGUUUGCUUUACCAAUUCUAAGUGCAGAAAUUAAUGUUUGCUGCAGCAAACUAUUUUGGAAUAAAAAAAAUGGCAGGAAACAAUUACACCAAAGUAGAAUCAAUAGUGUCUCACGCUGUGUCCUCUGCUUUAAUCCUUAGCAGUUCUAACUAAAUCAUGUAGAUGCAACCUUUCAUCCACUAAGUGCUUGAGACAGUCUACUAUUCCUAAUUUACAUGGAAAUUCUCCAAAUCUAUGGUGACUACAAAAAUACUCUGGAAUGGAAUGUUUUUCCUUCAUGGGUAAAGUAUAUUUGCUGUUAUUCUUCCUCUUUGAAUGCUAAUCUUACAAGCAUUGCAAAAAUAUUCCUUAUCACACUGUGUCUGAGUUAUGGAAAACUUUUAAUUCAUUGUUUAUCCAUUGACAGUAAACAUAACUUCACUAGUUCUGUUACUUAACAUUCAAAAUAUUAGCAGUACCACAUAAUAUUUUAUAUUUUGAAGUUUAUAAGUACUGAUACAGAAUAUGUUAUCCUAAAAAAUUUGUCAAAUUGACAAAAAGUUGCUCUAUUAAGUCAGCUAGGUAUUGUUUCUGAUACAGAAUUAUCCAAACCACAUAAAAUAUAUGUUUGCUAUAGUACAAUGUCCACUAGAAGUAAAAAUUUUGGUUCCAGUGGUUGUGGUUUGGUUUGUUUUCCUGUUGUGAAAAAGAAAGGUCAUGACAAAAUGUUACUUUUUGUUAGCACCUAGACCACCAAUGACAGCCACAAUGGGCUGUCUAUUCUAAGUGAAUCAAGCAUUUACAGAGUGCAGAGUGCAUUAUUUUUGUUAAUAAUUCCAAUUAUUUUUCCCUUCUAAGCCCAGUAAAGGUAAAAGGACAGUUUGAAGCCAUAUCUGAGCAUUUCUAAUGUAUUAUGAGAUGGUGCAUGAAAAGUAUGGACUAAGUGAGAUAAAUAGGUGACAUAGCAUGAUACUCAUAUGAGAUAUUACAUAUUUUAUUAUAGCACUGACAAACUCCAUUGGUAUAAUUAAUCUCUGAAUUUUGUACAGUAGUGCAACGUUCUGCUGCAAUGGUUCAACUCAUGGCAGUAUUUUAUUUUUUUUUAUAUAUGACCAUUAGAGAAAUGCAAAAGUGGUUGUUGUUUUGUUUUUUUUUUAAGUUGGAUUAUAUGAUAAAAAAUUUUUAGCUUGGAGAGGGCAUGCAGUGUGGAAUUCAUCUUUUUAUGUGGCACAGACUUCUUCCAUGUGUUUAAACUUAGAACAGUGUGAUCAGUUUGCUGUGACUGCAUUUAGAGCAUUUAGUGUUAAAAUUGUAGGGAUAGCAAACAGCGCUGUCCAUGUUAAAAAAUAGAGAUUGUUAGGCGCUCAAAACAAUUAUGACCCUCUUAAAAUAAUGCAUUUGCCUCAAACACUGUGAUAUAGGAACAACUCUGUGCAGCGGAACGAUUAAUGUUGUUCAUACUAAACACAGGAAAGGCUUUCUGCACACUACUAUGAGGAAGUUCACGUUCAAACUUUAGGUUCUGUAUCCCAAUCUAGCAAAGGCACAUCACAACUCUUGUUUUGCUUUCUGACCAAAAACUGUGCUCGAUUGUAAUACGGGUGUAUACUCUGUCAAAAAAACCUAAAAUAACGGACUGCUUUCUAGGGUAGAUCAAACUGAUUUGUAGAGUAGAUUCAUAUAUAUUCAAAAUUCAGGUUGGGCUGUUAUGUGAAGAAGAACGAACUUCAAGGUAACAACAUUCAACUUUACUACAUUUAGUGAGCUGAAAAAUUUGUUUUAUAUAUAUAUAUAUAUUUACACACACAUAUAUAUAUAUAUGAUACAUAUAAACUAUCUUUGUAAAAAAAACAAAAAAAUAUGCAAGUGCAAUAAUUUAAAGAGGUCUUAACUUUGCAUUUAUAAAUUAUAAAUACUGUACAUGGUGUGUAAUUUUUUUCAUGUAUUCAUUUGCAGUCUUUGUAUUUAAAAAACAAACCUAAACCUUUACUAUUACGUUUGUACAAUAGAACAGUAAGCAUUUAUUAUGAUAUAGUUAAGUUGUAAAUAAAUUCACAAACCAAACAGCCAGUACAUAUGCAUAUAUGGGUGUCCUAUUGUGAAACCUGUUUUUGCUUUUACUGCUGGCUUGAGCACAGCAACACUACUUCUGUGGAUAUGUAAUUAUACAUAUAAAUAUAUGUAUGAUACAUAAAAUAUAUUUAGAAAUGUUCAUAAUUUUAAUGGAUAUAUCUAUACAUAUACUUUGGUGUGAAUAUUGCUGAAUACAGAGUUUUUUUUAAUAUUA